CUUGAUGGUUACGGCAAAACAUCACCAUCCAUUUGGAUCGGUUGAGUGGAUAUCGUGUGGUUAAAGAGCCGAGCUGUUACAAGCUUCACGACCUGCCAGCGGAGGCUCCUAAUAAACAGAGCACCCACAAUACUUGGCACUACAGUACAACUCUGAUUUAAUGCCUUGCACAGCUGUUCUGCCUGCUGCACCAAAGCCGUGUAUGAUAUGAGCUGGAAUUCCUUUCUUUUUUACGCAACGGGUGCCUUGGCUUGUAUGUCCAGUCACUGCUUACCCCCAGGCUGCUGGCUCCUGCCUAGCUCCCCUUGCGCUUCUGCCUCACCUGAGCCUCAGUGGAGCAGCCAACAUCUACACAUCUUGAAAAGCUGCCAGGCAUUCUGUCUAAUUAUUUCUCUGUCGAGCACACAAUCUGUCGAUGCUUUUCAGGCUUGCUUCUCACAACUAUCUCACUUGAACCAAUUCCAGCCAUGUCCGAACACCCCGCUUCAACACGAAAAAUCAAGACACGCAUCCUCAUCAUAUCCGACACGCACGGAUUCAAGCCCAAACCAAAGCUUGAUUCCGAUCCCACAACCGAAGAUGAGCUCAGCCAGGGCGACAUCAGAUGGGCGCACACCGGAUUUCGAGAACCGCUGCCCGAAGCAGACGUCGUUCUCCACUGCGGCGAUCUGACCAAGCAAUCCAAGGUCUCCGAGUUCAAAAACACAUUCGAUAUGCUGCGCGCAAUCCACGCGCCCCUCAAGCUGGUCAUUGCGGGGAAUCAUGACUUGGCGCUCGAUGAACCCUACUGGUAUCGCGAGUGGUACGGCCCCAAGAAGACGGUAGACCAGGUCCAGGAGAUUGUCAAGGCUGCGGAAGUCGAUGGAGUGCGGUUCUUGAUGGAGGGCGUCCACAAUUUCGCUCUCGACAAUGGAGCCCUGCUAAAGGUCUUCGCGAGCCCAUACACGCCAAUCUAUGGGGGUUGGGCAUUCCAGUACCAGAACUCGCACGACUUCGAUAUCCCCUCGGGCGUGGACGUCGCCAUGACCCACGGUCCACCGCGUGGCAUCCUCGACCUUGCAGGCAUGCCAGGCUCGGGCACCAAGGCCGGCUGUCCCGACCUUCUCGAGGCCAUUUACCGUGCCAAGCCCAAAAUUCACUGCUUCGGCCACAUCCACGAGGCAUGGGGCUCACAACUGAUACGGUGGAAGGAUGGCGACGACGGCCCUACCCGGGUCCAGUCCGUCGUGAGUUCCGAGCAUUCAAAUCAGACGACCAUGGCGGAUAUAAUGCCGGAUCCAUUCACCCAGGAUGAAGAGGCACUGAAGGCAAAGACGAAGGGCCUCAUUGAGAUGAGCCAGCAACGCGGGGCUUAUAUAGACCUUUCAGAAGGCCCGAAUCGUCUCGCGGCGGGUGAGCAGACGUUGUUCGUGAAUGCGGCCAUCAUGAACAUACGAUAUCGGCCGGUCCAGCUGCCAUGGCUGGUUGAUGUGGAGUUGGAGAAGGUCGAAGCGACUUGCUAGGCCUAGACCCUAACAAAGAGGGUGGCAGAUCGAUAGUUAGAUUUAUACAUAAAUAGGGAAACAUGGCUGCAGUCGGUAUCACAGCAUCUCCAGGCUUGUAAUGGGAUUCGAUGGAUGCUUGAUA